AUGAUGCCCAAUAAUCGCAAUUAUGACUUCCUGAUCAAGCUGUUGCUGAUAGGCGACUCCGGCGUCGGGAAGUCGUGCUGCCUGCUUCGCUUCAGCGAGGACUCCUUCACACCCUCCUUCAUCACCACCAUCGGCAUCGACUUCAAGAUCCGGACCAUCGAGCUCGAUGGGAAGCGCGUCAAGCUGCAGAUCUGGGACACGGCCGGCCAGGAGCGCUUCCGCACCAUCACAACCGCCUACUACCGCGGCGCCAUGGGCAUCCUGCUAGUAUACGACGUCACCGACGAGCGAUCCUUUAACAACAUCCGAACCUGGUUCCAAAACGUCGAGCAACACGCCACCGAGGGCGUCAACAAGAUCCUCAUCGGCAACAAGUGUGACUGGGAGGACAAGAGGGUCGUCUCGCAAGAACAAGGCCAGGCGCUCGCCGACGAGCUGGGCAUCCCCUUCCUCGAAGUCUCGGCCAAGAGCAACAUCAACAUCGACAAGGCCUUCUACAACCUCGCCGCCGACAUCAAGAAGCGGCUCAUCGACAGCUCCAAGAACGACCCGUCGGCCGGCUCGGGCAUCAACGUCGGCGACAAGGGCGACGGCGGCAUGGGCGGCAAGUGCUGCUGA